CCCAGUCCCACUCAUCCCGCAUCCAUUAUUCAUGACGCACCUCCGGACUGGGAGCUGCCGUCCAUAGCAGCCCGCUGAUCCCGCCGGCCGGCACGUCCCAUAUACAGCUGCUGCGUGCAGAGCUACAGGCGCUCGGGCCGCGUGCUUCUGACGUGGUCUCAGGAAUGAGAAGACUUCGCGGAGGAGCAGCCGACUUGCGGGGUUUGUAGCGCGCGCGCUCCUGCUGUCUGCUGGGGAUUAUGUAGCCAGGGCGAGGCAAGUCUUGAGAGGAGAGUGUGCAAGUCUGGAGGCUCCACACAGUCGGCAUGGAGAAGCUGCCGCGGUGGUGUGUAGUUCUGGCGGUGCUGGUCGGGCUGGUGCGGGGAUCGGACGUUGUCAGGGAGACAGCUUACGGCAAAGUGCGCGGGAAUUUACGGGACGUGACCACGGCCACGGGAGUCAAACAGGUGGAAGUGUUCCUCGGCGUGCCCUACGCGAGAAGUCCCGCGGGGACCAGGCGGUUCAGCCGCCCGGAGAAGCCUAUCCGCUGGGCGGGUGUACGGAACGCCCUGUCAGCCGGCCCGCCAUGCCCCCAGCCCACCGCGCCGGCCAUCGCAGGCUACAGGCAGGUGGGGACAACACCUGAUGAAGACUGCCUCUUCCUCAACAUCUAUGCUCCCAAGCACUCGAAGAAGCCUAAGAAGUACCCGGUCCUCGUGUUUGUUCACGGCGGAGACUUCAUGUUCGGGACGGGCUCGGCUUACGACGGGAGUCUGCUGGCAGCAACACAGAACAUCGUGGUGGUCACCAUCAACUACAGACUGGGGGUGUUAGGAUUCCUCACUAUGGGUGAUAAUGACCUCCAGGGGAACUAUGGCAUCAUGGACCAAAUCGAGGCCCUGAAGUGGGUUCGGAAAAACAUCGCCAACUUUAGCGGGGUCAGGUCAGAGGUCACCGUGUUUGGCCACCAAUCAGGAGCGAGCUGUGUGUCUGUGCUGAUGGUGUCACCUCUGGCGAAAGAUCUGUUCAAGAGGACGAUCCUGUCCAGCGGCUCGCCAUUGCAGCCUGUGUCCGUCCGGCCGGCUGACCAGGUGGUGAGGCAGACCCGCGCGCUGGCGAAACACUUCAACUGUGACGGCUUCACCUCGACUUUACAGAUGCUGGACUGUCUCAACAAGAUCCGCUACGAGGCACUGGUGGCGCAGGAGACGAUUGUCCACCUGGAGGUGGCGGAGCUGCCGAAGUGGACACCUGUCGUGGACAGGAAGGUCCUGCCUGUGCCCAUGGACCAGCAGCUCCGGAGGAUGCAGGUGAACGGGGAGGCCUGCAUGCUGGGCUUCACUGGGACGGAAUGGGCCAGUAAAGCCGCUAUAGAACUGGCCCUGGACGGCGGCAUGUCUGCGGCAGAGUUCCGGAUGCUGAUAGAGAACAUCAUCAACCAGAUCUACCCGGACGCGCCCGAGGAGGUGGCUGAUCUGGUGACGUAUGAGUACACCAGCUGGCUCCGGCCGGGGGACCGCUUCGCCACCAGAAACAGCUACAUACAGGCCAUCAGUGACGCCUUGUACGUGGCCCCUGCUAUCCAGUCAGCUGCAGGUACAACACUGGCCGGACUGUCUACGUACGUGUACCAGUUCAGCGGCUCGGACGGGAGGAGUUUACCCGGCGCUUUGGACGACGUGUCCCUUAUCUUCCCGGAGCAGCCGGCACGCGGGGCUGCGGCGGAGCUCAGCGCGGCAAUCAUGGACCUGGUGGGCAGCUUCGGCAGGACAGGCACGCCACAAUGGGAGACUGAGAACCUCCAUAUAUUCAGCCAAGAAGCACAGGAUUUCCUGAAAAUAGACAAUAUCAACGACACAAGGGAAGAGAAUUUCCCAAGGAGAAAGCAAGUGACCUUCUGGAACAAGAUCGUGCCCUCCCUCAUCACUGCUGCCGAGAGGGCACAGAAAAACGCCGGGCCCACCAGCGCUUCGGACCGCGCGGUGCCCACGGUGCAGGCCCCUGAUAUCAGUUGGACAACGAAAGGGGUUAUCAUAGGGAUCAUGGUGAUCGGCAUCUUCCUUCCUGUCAUGACACUGUUCUUCGUGCUGUACGUCAUGGACUUCCGCAAACAGUGGCGGAAGAGAAAGCUUUCCAACAAGAUGACGGACGAGAACAGGUACGCGCCCCCUCCAACCGUGGCUGCCAACGACAGGCCGCCGUACCCCCGAUUCCAGAUCACGGAGGACCAGGACUGAAGCAAUCUUAACGUAGCGCCCUCUAGCGUCUGCAGUUGUUAUUCCAGUCGACUCCACCAUCUGUUAGUACAGGGUAUAUGAUGUGGCGACUAGUGAUGAAAUCCUGCCCCUUUCGUUGUGUGACUUCUGUAGGUGUCUGAUGUAAAAACUCGUAACAAUGUAGAUCGGUAUUCCUGAAUGUUUGAUAUGUUUUAAGCUUCCACGGAUCUCCACAGAGUGUAGUUCAUUAGAAUGUCGCAUGAAAAAUUUCGACAAGUCCCUAGCACAAUGGUAUCACAACGCCCUCUUGCGUUUUCAGUUUGGUAACAUGGUAGAAAGUAUCAAAAUUUCACAAACUAACCCUGAACAUCCGUUUGGAUGACAUUGAAGCUUGAGGCUGUUACCGUACAAAUGAAAAAGACAACCAUAUGAGCUAUAACAAUAGCCAUUGUACCUACUUCACUAGUAGAGAACAGGGUCAUUUACCCAUGAUAUUCCUGGGUUCACAACAUGAUCAGCCAAAGUAAAAUUGAGGACCUAAUGUCAGAGUACUCUCCGCGUUUACCCCACCCUUUAUUUAUCUCCAUGGAAACGAUUUUUAUGCCAUACUGUUGGUGUAAUACCUACAACACGUGAGACGUUGCAACACGUUGAGGUUUGUAUCAGGAAACGUCAGGGUGUCGUGAUUGUCAUGUUCAAUUCAAUUCAAACAAAACGAACCCAUGAUACAAAGUCUCGUUGGAACACGCGUUGUCGUCAUUUGAACCUGCAGGAGUAAUAGUGACAGUAUUGCCCUCUUCUUAUGUCACAAUCAUAUCUCUGUUGGCCCAAAAGAUGAUCAUUGUGGUUUGCACAAUAUUUGAUAGAAAAAAGUUCACAAAGUGUAGAUCGACGUUACUGCUAGCCACGGGGCAAAUGGUUACGAGAGUUUCCCAAUCUAGUUCGAUUUUACGAAUGAUGUAAAUAUAUUCAGAAAUGUAAAUGUGUUGCUAUAGUGACGAUGUUGCUGUCAAGUUUGACAUGCUAGGCUGGAGUGUCUUCGGGCGGCUAUCUGCCGAUUGUACAUACUUCACGAGUGGUACUACAUAAGCUGAAAAUAUUUUAGUGUAGUGUAAAACAUCAGUGUAUAUAAAAGCCCGUGUAUAACAGUGUAGCUAUUGUGCGGAACUAUAGUACAUAUAUAUAUAUAUAUAUGCCUAUUUCGGUACUCAGUUGGGCCUGUAACUCUUUCUACGAAACAGAAUAGGGGGCCAUAUCUGCUUCACAUGAUAUCUGCAAGUCUUUGUUUUCAGGAUAAUGCGCUAUUCUUGCUUGCCUUGUUUUAGAAUGACAUUGUAGACAAAUCCCGAAGUACUUAGAUGACAUUUGCUGAGCAAAACGCGUUGAUGUCAUAUGCCCGUGUGUAAUCAAUGAUGUACAAAUGUACCA